GCAUGUUCGGUUACGAUUCAGGGUCGUGUAUAUCACUCUCUACGCGUAGGAUCACACGUCGCUCAUAUCAUCUAUUAUAUUUAAACCAAAAUAUUCUUAAACAUACUAGCUGACCUGGCUACAAUUACAUACACACCACACGAUGUCAACGGAUCGAGAAAAAUGGAGCUGGAAACUAGAUUUCUUAGCGACGAAUAUCGGAUUUGUAGCCUGUUUCGAAAAUAUGUUUCGCUUGCCUUACCUCUGCUAUAGGAACGGUGGAUUUAUUUUCUUCAUCCCAUACCUACUGGCUGUGACGUUAAUUACGAUCCCUCUUAUGUUCUUGGAGAUGGUUGUUGGUCAAUAUACAUCAUCUGGAUCCAUCAGGGCCUGGAAGAUUUGCCCACUGUUCAGAGGUGUUGGUGUAGCUUCCACUGUGGCGUUAUUUUGGCGUAACAUCUACUAUAACGUCAUCUUGGCCUACAGCUUAUACUAUCUCUACAGCUCUUGCAUUGGCGAUGAGCUUCCAUGGAAGAGCUGCGGUCAUGAAUGGAACACGCCCACCUGCCUUGAUUAUGACUCCGAAUGGGUUUGCAUCAAUGGAACAUACCUCGCCGUCAAGAAGAGUGAUAUACCACAGCUUCCAACCAACCAACCAACAUCCGAAUAUGUGUGGGAUGUGAGAUCAGUACCUUCCUUUGAUGACUACGACCGAUGCGGUGUUAGGCCUUACAAAACAGUACCGUCGCAAGAAUUUUGGAAGCACAAAGUGCGCGGUCAACCUGAAGUGUCAAGAGGAAUGUUCGACGUUGGAGGAGUUGUUUGGCAUCUGGCCUUAUGUCUUUUCCUCGCUUGGACACUCGUAUACUUUGGCCUGUGGAAGGGCGUCAAGUGGAUGGCCAAGGUGUUCUAUUUCAACGUUCCCUUCAUAUACGUCGUCCUCUUUGCGUUGCUGAUCCGUGGGGUAACAUUACCCGGAGCUUUUGAUGGAUUGCUGUUUUUUAUCUUUCCAAACGUGCACAGACUCGGAGUUAUUGAUGUAUGGAUAGCUGCUGGAAAAGAGGCUUUUUAUUCCUUUUCGAUUGGACUUGGUGCCUUCACAGCACUUGGGAGUUUUAACAAGUUCCACUACAAUUUUUAUAGGGACUGUAUGAUCGUAUCUUAUUUGAAGGUGAUUACGAGUAUGUACUGUGGUGUCGUGGUUUUCUCCUUCAUUGGCUUCGUAGCGUACACCGAGGGAAUCCAAGUAAAUAGUGCUGUAGAAUUAGGUGUCAACCUGAUGUUCUCGGUCUUUCCUCAUGCCUUUUCUCAUAUUGCUUCGUCACGAGUCUGGUCAUUUUUAUUCUUUCUUGUUCUUCUGAACAUUGGUCUAAACAUACAGCUCGUCACAGUCAAAGCAUUCGUUGCCUCUCUCACUGAUAUUGUCCCUGUCUGGAUGCGGAUACGGUAUUACAGAGAACUGCUUGUUUUAGGGGUCUGCGUAAUUAAUUUCUUGAUCGGCCUCGCUCUUGUGACGAAGGGAGGUUGGCAUGUCUUUGUAUUCUUCGACUUUCAUGGGUCUGGCCUACUGACCCUCACUUGGAUCUGUCUUUACGAGAGCAUUGCAAUUGGAUGGUUCUAUGGAUUUAGGCGUAUUUCGUCAAACAUUGCUGAAAUGCUGAAAUGGCGGCAGAUUGAAUGGUACCUAGUAGGGUGGCUAGUUACCUGCCCAAUCCUUACCCUGCUUCUUUGGAUUGCUGCAAUAUUUGAUCUGGCGGAGCUCCGGUUCUACCAACCCCCUUGGGCCAUUGCUAUAGGCGUCUUCAUUGAUAUCUCAACUAUGGUUUGGAUCCACGGUGCCAUGCUCUAUGCCAUUAUCUAUCAGUUGAUCAAAGGUGAUGGAUCCAUUUGGACGAGACUGAAACUGACUGUUCAACCAGCGAUCACCCCUCUUCGCGAAGAAGAAGAAGAACCAGCUCAAAUAGAAAUGAUGUAAAGGCAAAAACGAGUACAACUUUCAAUACAAAGUGAUUAUUAUAAGUAGGCCUACGUGUAUAUGUUUCAACUAUGUGGCCUUUCACAAGACACAUGCGCGAUGCGACUCCAUCCUAUACCAAAUAUAUUAUGUUAUUUCCAAUGACAUAUCAUCUGUUGGUUUGGAGUCGGAUUCGUUGGUAUGAC